CCGCAUGUAGAUGUAGACAUGUCUACGUUUGUUUGUUUCGUGGCCUGGCCGUGCCGAGUACUACCCAGUACAGUGAUUCCUCCAAGCUUCCUCCUUCGACGCUACACAGUACCUGGGCAGGUAGCUGCGUAGAAGGCCCACCCGCUGGCAGCCCACUAAGAUUAGCGGCCGCACACCCCUGCCAGCGGGAGCUUCGACUCCAACCCUCCCAUUGGCUCGUCAGUCGCGACUGCAGGAGGGAUGCUAUGCCCGCCGGAGCUCUAACUUGGCUCUGCGAACAACAAUCCCGCGACAGCUUCACCCUCGGCCGAAACUACUACCUGUGUCGACCACUCGCCUCUCGGCGCUCCGAACCACAUGUCCCGCGCGUCCCAAACCACGAUGCAUUAAUCCUGAAGACUACGGCAGAUCUAAUCAGGGCAUUGUUGACACGACCCUGCUGUGCUCCCCGCUCCUCACAAUACCUCGGCGUCCUGGCCCAUCAAUCGCCCGAUUCGCGCACGGCCGAUGAGAGAACACUCAACUAGCCCACACGAAACGCCAGACACAAUCUGGAUCCAGCAAAUAUGGCCUCGAACCCAGCACAGUCCUUCGUCCUGAGGCCGGUGCCUCAAAGCGACCGCAGGCCGAAGAACCUUGGCGAAUUUAUCGCCAGAAUAAAUGCCGACCGAGGGUUUAGAAAUGUCACGGAGGAAAGCUUGCGCAGGGAUAUGGAGUCAGAGUUAGAAGCUAAUGGCAUGCUUGAGUCGAAAGAAGUCGACAUGACCACUGGCGAGGGCGCAGGUGGUGAUGCCGAGGACGAAGAUGGCGGAGACCAGGUUGGGAUCGAGGACCUCAACCAGGCGGUGCUAGACGUGAGGCAACAUGCAGAGACGGCACACCAGAAUGCCAUGCUGGCACUCGACUUCGUCUCGUUGCUCAUCACGAAAGAGAACCCGAGACCAGCCCAAGACACUGUCUCUCCAGCACUUCGAGACCUCGUGGGUAUCGGAAGCCUCGGUGCAGACAAAUUGGCCGCUUCGAACGUCACCCCUCAACGCCUAUUGGACAACAAAUUGGUGGCCACGGGCUGGAAGUUGACGGACAUCGAUAGGACCGUGAACUCGGUUCUCACGUCGGCAUCACGGUUGCAAAAAGAGAUCAGUGUAGAGACCAAAUAUUGGGCUGAGGUGCUCGCGGUCAGUGAGAAAGGCUGGGCCGUCACACGCGUUCCCAACGAGCCAGAGACUCUCGGUGUCAGGUAUGGCUUCUCGGAGGCUGCGCCUGGCUUUCGGAACACCAGUCUUGCGCCCAUGCGACGCGGCGACGACGGCACUGUUGAACUCGACUGUGGGAAAAUGCUUGGGGACUCCCAGCGUCUACUCGUCACCUUCGAGAAGAAUCAUCGUAUCGUCGGGCGGUCUUCGCUUCCAAGACCGCUCCAACAAGAUGCGCCGUUGGAGGAGCGGGUACUUGAAGCCCGAAACACCAUCUUUGCGCAGGAGCUUUGGCAUGAAAUGAAUCGCGAGGGUCGCCUGCUACAAGCUUAUGGCAUUCGGCUGGAGAAUGAUGCGCUCUCACACACUUUGGGCGAUGGUACACGGAUCGUUUUUAGCUUGCAGCCGCUCGAACAAGCCGUCGAGGAGGGUGCCUCGGAAGCUCUCCCAGAGGACUAUCGUGCUGAGUCUCUGAGCUCGGCUCUCCAUCAGUUGCUGACAUAUGCACAUCGAAUCAACAACCAGAGGCGCUCGCGCCCUGAUUCCAAGAACAGAGACCAGUCCACGACAACAUCGCCGUACCCCCUCCUGCGACCUGUCCUCGCUAAUCUUCAGCAUGAAACAUUAAUUGACGAUGCGACGAGAUUCAUUUCGGAUUUGUCCACCAUCUUGCACUCCGCAGGUAUAUCCACAGUGAACUUCAGACUUGUGGAGCCGCCCAUCUCCUUGGACUUUGCCUCGACUGAUGGGUCCCCAUCCGAGGCCCUUAUCCGAGCACUCUUCGGGCCUCUUGAGCUUCAGUAUGAGUUCAACAUUACUCCGGAGUCUCGACUACUCAUCCACGGCAAGACAGUCAUGGGCAACACUAUUGCGACAACCUACCAUGUCUCUGUCCUACCCCCGGCCCAGGGCGGAGCGAAUCCUCUGUCGAAAGCAUAUCCCCCAAUCCACCUUCAGGGCGAAGGAUACACUCUACCUGAUCUCAAAUACUACCUGCAACAAGCCGUCGCGCGUGUCCUGGUCGACCGUGCCAGCACCAUCGUGCUGACCGCUAGAGCGCCAUCGCCGAGCGAUGAGGAUGAGCUACCCAUCGUGUGGGCAAAGCAUAUCUCCGGGGUGGCCCUCGAAAAUAGUAACGACAGCAGGGAACAACUGCGCUUCGAAAUCAUCCUCUCGGAGCUCGGCCACCCCGAGUUGCACCUCUUCGGGAGCUGGGUUGUCGACCAGCCUAAGCUUGCGACUAGGACUUGGACUUGGACAGUCGACAACGUCAAGCAGGGGCUAAAGAAGGAGAGUAUCGAGCAGGUCCUCCGUAAUGUUGUGGCUCGUGUAGCUCAGCCUCUACCCUGAAUUCACAAUCUCAUAAGACACAUAGGCACGAACAGUGUUUUUUAUGCCCGAUUUGCAGACGUGUCGACUCGACAAAAGCGUUGGAUUGUUACAGGAUAUGGACGGUAGUACCCGAUUCAAUAGGCAGCGUCUUGCUCAACAGUUGCAGGUUUCGACAGACUAAGUGAUGCUUCGCAAGGUGCCGCUUCGCAGGGAUGAAGCAGUCUCCGAAUCAUCUGUGCGUAGCGACCGUGCGCCUGGGUAGUAAUGAUAUGCAUUUUAUUAUCCUAUGACAAUGGAUUCUAUGGCUAGCAUGCCAUCCCUCCAUUCAUUCUCCCCUUUGCAACGUCGAUGACGCCAAGGCAAGAAAACACGUACCUCCUGGGUGG